AUGGCGACGCCUAGCAUUGAGAUGACCAAUUCGCUCUCCCAUCCCGAUGGCCCUGAGUAUCAAUUGUCUGUCGGCGAGGCCGUGGAAGGCGUCUACACGCUGCAGGAUAGCCUGCACCUUGCUACUCCCCCACCUCAUCCUCAAGAAGCGCCAGCCACAAGCUCAAAUCCACUGGCCACAACACCAGGCCCACCGCGCGCUGGUGUCAAGAUCUCAGUGUGUGUAAUCAACCCCAGACGAACGCCGCCGCCUUUCUACAGGGCCGGCACGGCGGGAAGUACGGUGUCAACGCUGGGGACCUACAGCCUGAAAGAACAUGAGAAAGAGUCAAGAAGCUCAAAUGAAAGUAACAGUGAUGGAAAGCCCCCACACAAGGCGACUAACAAUCGUGCCUCCGUAUACGUAGAGGAAGGGAACCAGCUCCUCACACCUGCCCUUGGCAAGGAGGGUCUAAAACGUAAGAAGCCAAAAACAAAUCUCGUGAAGAGCAACUCGCAAUUCAUAUCCAGAGUCAUACCCCACGACCAAUUACAAAAGCGACUACAGGAACACAGUCCGGAAGGCCUCUUUCUGUUCGCAAAUAUCGAUCGCGCUUACCAAUGGCUCGAUUUAUCUUCACCCACUCCAGCCCGCGCACAACCAUUAAUGAAAAUCCUCUUCGCGAAAGCCAACAUUCUUUGCCAUGACAUUAACCAUUUCACUAAGACUACCAACCAUAUAGAUGUAGUCAUGGGAGCCAACACUGGCGAUAUUGUCUGGUUUGAGGCAUACUCCCAGAAAUACGUCCGGAUCAACAAAGGCAACAUAAUUAGCAGCUCACCGAUAACUGAAAUUCGAUGGUUACCAGGCUCCGAAAAUCUUUUUCUUGCUUCUCACAUGGACGGUACACUCAUCGUUUACGAUAAAGAACGCGAAGACGCAGCAUUCACGCCAGAAACACCGAACGGUCUCUCCACUCCUGAAAAUGGCGUGCUUCAUACUUCCGCCAAUGGCGAUUUGAAUUCCAAUCCACCCCUUCACAUCAACAAAUCCAUAACAUCCAAAAAUCAAAAGUCAAACCCAGUAGCCUCAUGGCGGCUAUUUCACUACCGCAUUACAGCCUUCGCUUUCUCUCCCAACCCUUCCAGCUGCCCUUAUCUCGCUGUCGUCUCGGAAGAUGGCUCAUUACGAAUAAUCAAUUACCUCAAAGAAACACUAACGGAUCUUUACCCUUCUUAUUAUGGCGCCUUUACCUGCGUCUGCUGGUCACCAGACGGCAAGUACGUCCUCACGGGUGGGCAAGACGAUCUUGUAACGCUCUGGUCCCUGCACGAGCGCCGGAUUGUCGCCAGAUGUCAAGGCCACCGUAGCUGGGUUACAGCUGUAGCUUUCGAUCCCUGGCGAAGUUGCGACGGGCGAAAUUACCGGUUCGGCAGCGUGGGGGAGGAUAGGCGGCUUUUAUUGUGGGAUUUCAAUGUAGGCAUGCUGAGGAGGCCAAAGGGGGGCAAGAGUGGUGCGCAACGGAAUGCGGCCAAUCGCGGGAGUGUAUCGAGUUACCCUGCUCCUGGACGGGCUAGUCAGGCGACGAGUCGGCUUCGUAGUGAUUCUUCGCUGCUAGUCGACGGGGAGGGCCUAGAUGGGGAGGGAGGCUGUAUUGAGCAUGAAGUUGAGAGUCGGACUGUUACUGCUGAGCUGCCACCUGUGAUGUCGAAAGUCGUAGACGAAGAUCGCAUGAGCUGGCUGGGCUUUGAAGAGGAGUUCAUUAUCACAGCUUGUGCAGAUGGCCAUAUAAGAGCAUGGACGCGGCCAUCUGAUGUUGUAAACUCAAGUCAGGUCGCGCUGUCAUGA